UUUUUUUUUUGGGUUUGGUUUUUUCGUGCUCUGGGCACCAUGUCAAAUUCGGGCUCCCAUCAAGACACUGGGAACAAGCCAGAGACGGAAAAAAAUAACCAAGAUGACUCUCAACCCCCCGUCAACUCUGAGAGGAGGAACAAAAGUGGAAUAAUAAGUGAACCUUUGAACAAAAGUCUUAAGAAAUCCCGUCCACUCUCCCACUAUUCCACCUUUGGUAGCAGCAGCUCAGUAAGCGAACAUUCAGAGAAAGGCAACCCCUUAGCUAACGGCAACGAUGCGACUGUGGAUAAAAGUCAUUCUACCUCAAAGCACAAAAACAUCUCUAGUAUGCUGAGCAAAUUAGACCGGAUGUCGGAGAUCUCCUCAGAAGGACAGACCGCCCUCCAACAGUUUGCUCAACAAACAGAAAUGCUCAAAAGAGUGGUACAGGAGCAUCUUCCUCUAGCAAGCGACCACGGGACUGGUCUCUCUGACAUGGAGGCAGUCUCAGCUGCAGAGACAAUGAACGGCCCCUCUGAUUUUCCUUACCUGGGGGCUUUUCCCAUCAACCCAGGCCUUUUCAUUAUGACCCCUGCCGGCGUGUUUCUGGCAGAGAGCGCGCUCCAUAUGGCUGGCUUGGCAGAGUAUCCCAUGCAGAAUGAGUUGGCAUCUGCCAUCAAUUCGGGGAAAAAGAAACGGAAAAGAUGCGGCAUGUGCCCGCCUUGCCGAAGACGGAUAAACUGCGAGCAGUGCAGCAGUUGUAGGAAUCGCAAAACUGGCCACCAGAUUUGCAAAUUCCGAAAAUGUGAAGAACUCAAAAAGAAGCCUUCUGCAGCACUGGAGGUAACCAGCCCCUCUCAGGCACCCUAACCCCUCCUCGGGCUGCGCUCCUGGGUUCGGAUCUUGCCCUAGAUAAUAAAACACCUGGUACUUC